UUGAUACCUUUCGGCUUCGGCCCUUCCCAUUCCCCUCUUUUUGACCAGAGCUACUCCUAGUAAAAAAUUCUAAGCUAAUAAUUUGCCAUAUAUGGCCAUCAAAAUUCAUGGAAGCCCUUUCUCUGGCGCCACUCUUCGUGUUGUGGCUGCUGCUCAUGAAAAGGAAGUUGACUUUGAAUUUGUUCCCGUCGAUCUGCGAUCUGGUGUUCACAAACAAUACCCCUUUCUCGCCCUCAAUCCAUUUGGUCAAGUACCAGCUUUUGAAGAUGGAGACUUCAGCCUUUUUGAAUCAAGAGCAAUUACAAAAUAUAUAGCAUUCGCUUACGAAGGCAAAGGGACUGCACUAGUAGGCAUGGAGUUGAAGCCUAAGGUGGCCCGAGGUGUUUGGAUGGAGGUUGAGGCGCACCAAUUUGAUCCAUCAGCCAGCAAACUCAUAUGGGAGCUUGUCUUGAAGGGCAUGUUUGGAAUGCAAACGGACAAGGCUAUAGUCGACGAGAACGAGGCAAAGUUAGCUACGGUUCUUGACGUCUAUGAGGCUCGUUUAGGCGAGUCAAAGUACUUGGGUGGUGAAACCUUCACCUUGGCUGAUCUUCAUCACUUGCCUCAGUUGCAUAUGCUAAUGGGUACCCGCGUCAAAAAGAUAUUUGACGAACGCCCCCAUGUGAGUGCUUGGUGCAAGGAUAUCUUGGCUAGGCCUGCUUGGCAAAAGACUGUGACCUUGCAGGAGCAAGCUUAUCAAGGGAUUAGAUCCCAGGAACAUAUACUUUAAGCUUUCAGUGAACUGAUGUAAUCAAUACUCCUUAUUUAAUUAAUAUUGAAAGUGACAAUGGUGUAGUGGUUGGCGCCUCGUGGUGGCGGUUUUGACUUUUGACAAUGGCAAUGGUGGUUGUGGUCUUGUGGAGGAAGGGAGGAAUUAAAGUUCCGUUUGUCUUGUAGGAAAACCUUUUAUUUUCCUAUUUUCCUUUGUUUGGUUGGACAGAGAUUUAAAAAUGAAAGUUAAGGUGAAAAAGAA